AUGCCUCCCCAGAAUUCAUCUGGGAGGCUUAACCUUCCUGGCUUCGGCUUGCCUAUUGACUACGAGCCAGAUCACGACAAGUCCACCUCAUGCUUCCUUCAUGCCCUCUGGGAUAAAAAGUAUUUCAAGAGUGUUGGCCUCACGUUGCGUGAAAUUCGCAUGAUGGGUUUCAUCAACCAGAUUUCAGACAAACCGAAUUGGGAAGAAAAGGUUUUCGACGAGACAAUUGUUGCCAAAUGGAAAGAGGAAGCAAAGAUGGCUUCGCAUCAAAACUUCGACGGCGAUGUCUAUUUGUCUGACAAGAUGUUUGAAAACUGUAUCAAGGAACUCCGCGAUAAGGCGAAGCAGGUGAAAAAGACUGGCAUCGUCAAUGUGUUAGACGCCGAGUUAGCCGUUGCCAAGUCUGACACAAUCGUCCCGUCUUCACUAGUUGAUGAUCUUAGGCUCGGUAUUAAAUCCUUGGAAGAUGUGCCUGACAAGGACAAAGAUUGGCAUCCUGGGUCUGGUGAACAAGUCCUCGACCUCUUACAUCCAUCUCUAUUCCCACUUGUCUACGGCACCACACGUGUUUUACCCUAUGGUAAAGUUCCACUUGAAGACUGUGCUUCAAUUAUUGGCGAAGGGGAGACUACGAGAUUGGUUGGGAAAAAGGCAGCCAACGAGCCCUCGCUCUGGGGGAGCACCCAAUGGUUACCUAGCGAUAUUGCAUGGACAAAGACUGGUCCCAGGAUUUCAAGCUACAUCAACAACCUACAUCCCGUGGACCACAAGGACUUGUACGAAGUCUUCGAAAAGUUCAUUUCUGCGGCCGUUCCCCUUUGGGAAGAGUGUUUGUUCCGCGAAUCAGCACUAAAACCACGCAUCAUAUGCGAGCCCGAAGGUCCGAAAGACUACUACUUGCCUGAAGGUGUUACCGUCCCAGAUCGGUUGCUCCAGAAUCUUGAAAAUGAGCCAAGAAACGCACGUGACAGAUACGAACUUGACAGAUAUGAUAGAUAUGUUGAAGAGUUUGAGGAGUGGUACGAGGGGCAUAAGGUUCUUCGAUGGCCCGAACCUAAAGAUUACACUCCUCGCGAAAGAGACUCCCCAGGCAAGCCAGACCUGAAAAAGGAUUUCCCUUCUGGUCUUCAGGUUAUAUUCAAGCUUGCAAAUAUCCACUUGACCCCCGAGGAUCCCGAGUAUGAUGGCGGCAGCUGGCAUAUCGAAGGAGCACUCAAUGAAAGAAUCGUCGCUACCGCACUCUAUUAUUACGACGCCGAGAACAUUAGCGAAAGCCGGCUCGCAUUCAAGCAGGCUGUCGAUGCCGAAAAAGUGCGCGAGACACCACCUCAGUAUGAGUUCCAAUCUCUAAUGCGUUGGAUGGGGAUUGUGGACGACCACGAUGAUCCGCCCUUCCAGGAGCUCGGAAGUGUACUCACGCAGCCUGGGCGCCUACUUGCCUUCCCUAAUGUGUUUCAGCACCAAGUGCAACCAUUUCGACUGGAAGACCCAACCAAGCCAGGCCUCAGGAAAAUCCUUGCCAUGUUUCUCGUCGAUCCUAACAUCCGUGUACUGUCUACCGGGGUCGUUCCACCACAGCGACGAGAUUGGUGGGCACCCGAAGUUCGUAAAAUCUCUCCCUUUUCGAAAAUCCCAGUUGAGAUCUUCGACAUGAUUAUAGACUUUGUGGAGGACUUCCCCAUGAGCUGGGAGCGAGCUGAGGAGGUACGGGAAGUCCUCAUGGAUGAACGUAGCUGGACAAAUGAUAAAUGGGAAGAGAAAAUGAGCGAGGUACAACCACUACUUUUCUGCGAACAUUAA